GCUGUUAUCUAGUCCGCAGCGGAACGUAGGCAUCACGAGUGGGCGUAGCACCUGACAGGAAAGUAUCGAUCAGAAGCCAAUGCUCUGGUGCAGGCGCUAUGUUCCUGACCCACUUGCUUAUUCCUGCUGAGCCUGAUAUGGAAGCUGUGCUAACCCUUUUCAACGGAGUCUCGUCGCUGCCUUUAUAGUGCUCAAAUAAUGGCUACAGAAAUAUAUCAGGACGUAACAGUGACUGAUGUUAAGGAACAAGCGGCGGGUAUCGCUAGAGAGUUUGAUAAACUCAUAAAUAAUUACGGUAAUGAUGCUGUCACAGAAUUGAUGCCCAAAGUGAUUCGAGCCCUAGAGCAGCUGGAAUCCCUCGCUACCCGUUUUGAAAGAGACAACGAUGAAAUCGCGCAGCUGAGGUCAACAGUUGAGAAGCUUGAAUUAGAGAAAACAGGAAAAGCGCAGGAGCGUGCUAAGUUUGAGCAGGAGCUGGAACAGAUAGAGGAGAACUGGCAGACAGAGGUGAGAGAACCAUUGACAGUGGUGGGUAAGCUCCAAGAAGAGAACAAGCGGUUGAAAAAGCCACUCCAUUAUGAGAAGCAUUCUGUAGCCGAAAAGGUUUCAGCAAAGCACCGAGAGACUGAGGAACAAGAGAUCAAAGUCCUCACAAAGCUGAAAGAAACUGUGUACAAGCAGAGGGAGGAGCUGCGCUCACUGAAGCAUGAACUUUCUCAAAAAGCAGUGGACUGUGAUGCACUGCAAGCCCAGGUGGAACAAAUAGCCAGAGUGAACAUCGACCUGAGGAGGAAAAACAACACGCAAAGAAAACAGGCCAGAGUCUUGCUGCAAGAGAAGUCUGAGCUGGAGAUAGCCUUGAGAGAGAAAGAUGCUGAGGUGGACAAGGUCAAGACCAUGCUUUCCGAGCAAGAGAAAUUUGAAGAGCAGAGAGCAGCUGUACGAGCUGCCAUACAGGAGCAGAGAGAAAGCGAAGAGCGAAAUGAAGAAGAGGAGGAUUCUCCUUUCUCAGAUGAUGUCACUUCAACAGUUAUGACAGAUUCUACAACAACAGCCACAUCUUCAUCACCUGAAAUUGACCGUCGGACUGCUUCCGUGAACUCGUUAGGGCUGGACAUGGAAGGCAAACUGAUCAUUGACAUGAAAGAUCCCAACCGCCCACGAUUUACGCUGCAAGAGGUUAAACAGUUGCUUUUUGAACGCAAUGAGCUGAAGACACGACUCAUCGAGGUAGAGGAAGAACUCAAUCACUAUCGCCUACGAGAGCCUGGUGCACCAGAGGAUGAAAAUCAAGAUGAAUCCGUGAUAAUCCGUGUUCAGGUGUGGUUUUACAGAAAGGUAGUAGAGUGGUACACCUGCUUUACUUCAUUUUCCAAAUCCAUUGACAACAGGAAAUCCUCUUUCUCAGGUGAAGAAGUGCUGGUGUAUGGGCCCAUUAACAAGGAACCCGAUGAAAAGCUUUUUGGACGCAAAGAAUCUGGCAUCAGGAAAUCCUUUGAGCAGCUUUUGGAUAACUUGAAUCUUCCACUGUUGGACUUCUAAUAUCUAAGACAGGUUGUGUACGGUAGGAUCAGUAACUUUUUUUCAGUCCCUGCCCGUGCCUUCAAGAUGACUUUUUGUAGUUGCCUUUUUUAAGUUUCUGCAAGAAGUUUUAUCAGGUGUUACUGCAUCAUUAUUGUUGCCUGUGGUUGUUACCUGUAACUGUGGUUCCCACUUCAUGUAGAUUGUGUGUGUGCGUGCACGCACUUACAUGUGUGUGCAUGAAAUUCAUGCCUUUUUUUUUUUUUGUUAAGUGUCAUGCAGAAAGUUCUUGGGUGUCUGUGGCUUGCAUUUAUUUUACGACUGAAGUGUGCAGAGUAUUAAUCUGUUUACUUUGACAUGAAGUCUGUGAUGUUUCCUGUAUAUUUUUUCCUAGCUUCAAUUUUUUGAUGAAGCUGUGAUACCGUCCUGUAAUCUUUGUUUUAACAGAGUAGAACCACCCCUUCCCUGUUAGAUGCCACAUGUGUGUGUAAAAUUACACAGUGGUGACUUUAACAUAAACUAUAAGAAUGACUUACUGGACUUCUGGUGGCAGAAAAAAAUUACAGAAGUGACUUAAAAAUAUUGAUAUUGCCAAAAAAUCCUACUUUUGACAGUCAUGAGUAUAUUUACCUUUAUGUUAAAGAGGCCGUGUGUGCCAUGGAUACCACUGUGUAAAUUGAUGUGAGCUCUUUCUGUGAAUGUAAUUUGUUUUGGAGCAUUUAGGAUACUAGGCCUUCAUUUCAUUGACUUAAUGUCUUUGUGAGCUUGCCGUUGGAGGUGUCACAAAAGAGGAUGUUUUUUGUCUUCGAGUGCCAGAGCCUGAAGAAGCUUCCACGUAGAGAACGUGAUGUAUCUUGCGUGCACAUAAACUUAUCUGCGAUCAAACUGAGGAAAUGUAGGUUGUCUAAUCUAGAAAUUAUGCUAUGUCACCACAGAAGGAGUUCUGAGUAAGCAGAAAUGUAUUUUACCCAGAAAACCAAGUGAGCAUUUUCCAGAAGAACUUGUUUUAUGACUAGGGUAAAUGGGUUCAGACUUUGGAAAUGGCAGAUAUGGUAGAUAAUAAUGACAACAACGAUAAUAAAUGUACAUUGUUAUAGUUCUCUACCACAGCAUGAGUGUCAUGUUCUUCGUGCUAAUCAAGUACGUGAACAAUAUACACGUUAUAAAUUGUACAAAAAAUGAAAAACAUGACAGUUACAGAUAAUAUGUAACUAUGGAUGCUGGAUUUUUUUUCAAUACGCUUAAUGCAUGUGAUGCAGAUCAUUGGGUCCUUCAGUAGCACCACAUAUAUAAAGGAACUUAAUGAAUGCAUAACUUUCCUUGAUAUUUUCAGCAUAGGGUUAGUGCUUGAGAAGCCUCCACAAAUAAUGGCUUAAUAUUCAUGUUGUUCACAUUUUAUAAGUUAGAUUUGAUUUAAACAUAUAACUAGUUCUUGUCCUAUCCUAUGAUUCUUAAGAGAAAUGAUUGUUGUGUGAAUCAAAUUGAACGAUUGGUCCUUUUUUUGAGCACUUGUAGAAUUACAAUAACAGUAUGCCUAGAUUUCUAAUAAAAACAUAAAGCAAGCAGUUUAUAAAGUAUAACCUUAUCUGUUUCUCCACCAAAAGCAAGAAGACACACCCUCACAAGUGAAAAUAAUAAUAAAAAAACCACAGCACUGUCACACCUCACAGUCCUGCCUUGCACAUCUCUGUCACUGUGCAUGUGCAUUAGUAUAGAAUGUUCCAGUAUCAAAUUAGUAUUUUUGUGAGGUCUACCAAUCCUCCCCUUGUGUGUACAACUUUCUUGGUGUGUGCAUUUUUAAAAUAGGUUUUAUUCAGGUAACAUGUUUCAGCUGGCUUUUUCCCUGUGAUGUAUAUUUCCUUUUUUUAAAGCUGUGAUGAAUCUUAAGAUACAGUUUCUUCUGAUGGUAAAUCCCUCAUCUCCCAAAUAUAUUAAGAUAGAAGUUUCUUCUGAUGGCGUAUCCCUCGUUAAACAAAACAAAAAACAACAGAGUUAAUUGUGGCAUGAUGGGCAUGCUUUCAUUUGUAUAGAGAGGCUAAUAAGACUAAUAUUGACCUGAAAAGUUGAUAUUUCAGGUAGCCAAAUCAGUGCAGAAGUCUAAGGAUAUAAAAAGGACUUCUUGACCAGACAUUCAGUGCUGAAUAUGGCACUUUUUUAUAUAGUCAUGUCAUUAAAAUUUGCCAUGGUCACAUGUUUGACUACGUGUCUGGUUAAGAAGGCUUAAAAGGACUUUUAAAAUUAUGCUCACAUGUUAAAAUCUGUGACACCUUUUAGGUGUCUGGAAUGUUGCACCAAGUUUACACAUGCUUUCAAUUCCACAGCCUCUGUUUAAACAUAUUCUGUGGUAUGCACUCAACUUAGGCAAAGAACUCACAUUUUUGGUUCAUUUAUUGAUUUUUUUUUUUUACCCCUGCAAACUUGUGAUCAAGCCAAGGAUUGCCAAAGACUAGCACAGACUUUGGACUGCUUCACACCAAACCAGCAUACCUGGUAUGGUGGACUGACCUGCUUUGCACCUACCCCCUGAAAUCAC